AUGUCGACACAGUCCAAGGUAAAGGGCUCAAAGCCGAUCCAGAACUCUGGAGAAGAUCUAGUAGAGCCUGUGCCAAAGAAUAAACUCUCAGCUACCGUCAAAGUCAUCAGACUCGCCGAUGCGACAGAUGAGAAACAGAAAGAUGUUGUUAUUGCAACUCUGCAGAGGAAUGAGAUCGAACUGCUGUCGCUGGCUGGGAUAAGGCAAAAGAUCAAGUCUCUCGAUGAGUCUGAUACAUUUUGUUUCAAAGAUCAGAGUCCAGCUGAAGACUCACUCAUCUUUGAAGAUUAUGUUGAACAAUCUUUUGAUGGCGAGGUCGACUUUAGCUCUACGUACAAGUCUUCUAAGCCUGCCAAGGAUGGAGAGUCAGUGGAGCAGCAGAGCACCAUUCACAAAUGCUUCCUCUACCUCUCCCCGAAAGCUGCAGGAAAGGCCCCUACCAUGGCCACGAACUUGGCUCUCGACAAAUUUGCCGUCAAAGUCUUUGAGUGGUCCGCGGGUGAAUCUGGCGUUGCCAGCCGUGGUACCUUGCAGUCCAGCAAGCUUGGUGUUCGUGACGCUACUGUGAUGACUCUAGCGGGCCUUCGCAAGCAGCUUGCAACUUGCACAAAGAUGUCUGUCGCACCGAAGACUCACCAGUUCUGUACUCAGUCUGGAGAGACCGUUGUGGAUGAGGCCAUGACUUUCUCCGAUUACCUAUCACUCGAGGAGACUUUGAGUGAUACUAAUGCUGGACUACCCUCUGUUCACGUAUUUUACAAGCUAGCUCAUCCAAAGAAUGAACCUCCUACGAUCGACCUUAGCAACCUUCCCGGUAAACUAGAGGCGGCAGACACCAAGGUUAAAGAGAACGCUUUCGAGAAUGGCAAGACCGCCAAGACUUUUGAAUCUCACGCCCGAGCCUUCGAAAUGUCUGAGGUUGGGGCUGCUAGUACUGGCGCUAUUGGUAGCGAGUAUGCACUGCAUGCAUCCUAUCUCACCGACUUGCAGUGGGCCGAGGUUCUACGUAACUGCGGCGCUAUGUAUGGAUGGGUGGUCGACCGCCAGAAGAACCGCAUCAUUCGAGCUCCAAGGCCAGCUUUCCAAUUGCGAGCUAGGAUAUCGGAUGAUGCAAACCAUGCUAUCCCAGACGUUGUCGAAAAGACCGUGGAGCUAGAACAGAAACCCAAGGUACAGAUUACCAAAGCGGACAUAGAUGAGAUCAAGGCGAAAGUUGGGAACUGGAACUCCAGAAGUGGUAUGAAGGGAGAGCUUCCUAAAAUUACCGACUCCCUCGGAGUUGAUCAGGCCACGGACACUAGUGAACAGGCAGACACGACAGUGGCUACCAAGGACGCAAGCACAGAGACAACAGAGCCAGAAGAGGUACCUGGUUCAGGCCCGGAGCUUCAGGAAACCAAGGCUCCAGUUGCCACAAUCGACCAAGUAACUGGAAAGUCUGUAUACACAGUAUUGCCGAGUUUCCAGGUGAACGACGACUCCAGGAUCGACAUUACUGUCAGCAGCCAUGAGUUUGAAACGAGCAUGGCCAGGAAUGACUUUAGUAGUAAUUCCACAGAAGGAUCAGUAUCUGGAGGCUUUGGGGGUUUCGCGGCAACUGUCAGCGCAGGUUACAGCAAAGAAACCUCUAGCGCCAGUAAGAAUACGACCAACACGUACAAAAAGACCAUGAUUGCCAAGUAUUUGCUGCCCAGAGCCGACAUCCUGCUUCACCCUGCAUACUUAGAGCCCACGCCCGAAUUCAAGUCUGCUCUCGAGAACAUCCGCACCAACAAGAACAUUGCUGACCUACGCAAAUUGAACGAAGAGUUUGGUCAGCUCUGGUGUCAGCGAAUUACUAUCGGCGGUCGCCUUCAAUCAACGUCCAUCAUGACGGACGAGACAGUAACGUCUGAGCAAGAACAAAAGGAGGCUAUGAAGGUGUCUGUUGGUGUGCAGGUUACUACACCUUUCGGCGGUGCUGGUGUCAAGCAUUCCAAUGAGAGUGGCAAGAUGGAGUCAAAGAGUACCACGGAUGUGAAGAAGAACGAGAGCAAUGUGUUUGAGGCGGUGGGAGGCGACACUAUUCUUGCAGCCAAUCCGACGGCGUGGUCCUCUACUGUUGCUGAUUACCGUACUUGGAGAGUCAUCGAUCGCGACUCUCUGUCCUCAAUUACGAACGUCAUCUCCGCCAUUCCAGGUUACGCCCAAGUCCGAAGCUGGUUCAUGCAGGCGGUCCCUACCCUGUCUAAAUACAUUGAGCUACCUCCAUCCCGCGAGAUCAAACUCAGGUUCAAGCUGACGGCCCCGACGAGUCAACUUUCUCUGUCCUAUCUCAAAAAGGUAGAAAAUUAUGAUGCUUCCGGCGACCCCAUCUACUACUUAGGUCACAGCACCGGAGCUGAUGUCAGGCCUGUUAAGAACGAGUUGACCAUCUCUAACAAUGCUUGGGCCCAAUGUGAUAUCACUGAUGCUCCGCCACUGUUUAGCCCCCAGAGCUACCGAGCCCCAGUGAUUAUGGGUUAUCCUGGAAACAUUGUGGGCGAUUCGGCAUAUGGCUCGAACUACAAUCAGCACUAUACGAAUUCUCUUUGGAACGUGAGCGCGCCCUUUGAUAAUGCGCUUACCCAUGGUGUCCUGGUCUGCAUCUCUACUGUGCCCCUCCCGAAACCAGCACCCACCGCCGGCGCGGUAGUAUCAGAUGCCCCAGAUUCACCUCUCUUUCUUGAAGUAUUUCGCAACCAGCAAUCAGUUUUCCUACCUGGCUUAUCCGACUCGUCCGAGCGCCACUACUGGCGAAUCCUCAAGCACGGCGCCAAAGCCAACGGCGAGUACAUCAAAGAAGGCGACGAGAUCUCCUUUGCCUGGGCCUUUAAUGACCAAACAGCCGGCUUCCGUGACUUUUCGCAGGAUGUCUUUGGCCGACGACGCCUUCAAUGCCCGGACAACUUGAAGAGUAAGGUCUUGUAUAUGAAGCUGCCUUGGCCAAGAUUUGAACCUCUCGCGAAACCAGCCAACGGUAAAACUCCAGUGGCCAACACGAUGAUCUUGACGGAUGAUCCUCUUGCUUCGAACAACGUGCCGCAGAUGACUACUAUCAAGACCGCGCCAGGUAUGAUUGCCGCCGCGCAAGCCCUCAGCCAAGGAAAGUCUGCGACGGAUGCAAGUAUGUUUGGGCUGCAGGAUGUGAGAUUUCGGGUUGACGUUGUGGGUAAUGACGGGUAUGGUGAUGUUGGGAAUUGUCUGCUGAAGGGCCUGAAUCAGGGGACGGAGAAACCAGUGGCUAUUGAUCCCAAGGUCAAAGCUGCGCAGUCACUCCUUCAGGCACAACUCAAGUACUAUGAGGCGCUUAUGUUCCUGGGGGCGUAG